AGCGAAUCUAUCGACGUUGUGACCUUGAAGGAGUUUGAAGGAGGUUGUGUUGGGCUGGUUUUUAUAAUUAUGAUGGCAACGUUUUCUUAUAUAAUCCAUAAUGUGUAAAGAAAGAGGAUAACAGUAAAAUAAUUUUGUUCUUUUUGUUGUUGUGCUGUUGUCCAUGGAAUUUGAGAAGGCAAAAGUUGUUGUAGGCGGUGAUUCUGGAGUUGGUAAAACAGCCCUAGUUCAUUUAAUCUGCAAUCAACAACCUCUUCUACAUCCAUCUUAUACAAUUGGUUGUAGUGUGGAUAUUAAAGUUCAUCUGUGUAAAUCGGAUCCAACAAAAGAACGUCCAUAUUUUAUUGAAUUAUGGGAUAUUGGCGGGUCGAAUGGACAUGCUAAUACUCGAUCAAUAUUUUAUCAAAAUUUACACGGAUUAAUAUUAGUCUAUGAUUGUACAAAUAGUAAAUCACAAGCAAAUUUAAGAAAAUGGCUAUGUGAUGUAUUGGGAAAACAAAUUAUGAAAAAAUCAGAAUCAGCAGAUAUGGGAGGAGUCAGCAGUGGAGGAGGAACAACAACAACAACAUCAACCGCAACAACAGCUGGAGGGAUUGGUGGUGGUACCGCUUUCUUAGGCAGCAGCAGCAGCAGUAAUGGUGUAAAAGUCAACAUGACCACUAGUCAAAUGGCGAGUUUACUGCCUAUUCGUAGCACAGAGAACAAUAUAGUCAAUCGUUUCUUUUCACCAAUUGAAUCGCUAACAAAUAAUAAUAAUAUCAAUGAUACAAGAGAUCAAAUCUAUCCACCGGUCUUAGUAAUCGGUACAAAACUCGAUCUCCUUGGUCCACGUACUCUACGAUCAUUGCGUAGAGUUACUUCACGUUUUGAUGAAACAAUCGCAUCGCCUUCGUGCAUAUUGUCAUCAAGUUAUCAGCAUCAUCAGCAUCGUAAUGAAGGCGUGUCGCCUGAUAAUAACUACUCUUAUCCAAGUAUUAUGAUGACGCCUAGAUCGUGUAUCUCAUCUGUACAGUUUUUUGAAGAUACACCACAAUCAUCGUCAUCAUCAGCUUCGAUAGCCUCAUGGAAUUCAACAUAUCAACAUCAACAUCAUCAACUGACUACAGCAUCGGUGCCAAUUCCAGGCUUUCAACAUCAGCCACAAAGUCAGAGUGUUUAUGUAGACUUGAGUGAUAGUCGUUUAUCGUCAACUGGAUUAUCAUCAAAUAGUGGUUGUAAUAAUAAUAAAGUAUGGAAUUUUGCUGCGGAACAAGGUUUUUCAGAAAUUCUACUGAACUGUAAUUCAGUCGCCAGUGUAAGUCCUGGUAGUCCACAGGAUGCUGUGCUGGAUCGAUUUUUCAACGAAGUGAUCAGCUAUAAAAUGUUGUCAAUGUCAAUGAAUUGUAAUCUAUCCUCACCGGAUCUGUCUCGAGUGAAACGACGUCUAGUUGAUUCACGUGAUAAUAUUAAUAAUAUUGCAGGAUCUUUAUUCAAUUCAUAUAAAUUGAAUUGAAUUGAAUUCUACUGUAUUUUCUUGUAUUUAUUAGUAGUAUAUAUAUACAUCAUAUCACUUAGUUUACAAAACAGGGUUCCCGAGCUGCUUUUUUGUUGUUUUGUUGUUGUUGUCUUUCUCUACAAAUGGUGGUCACAGUUGUCAAGCAUAAUUCGUCAAUCUUCAUAAGGCAUUCCGUCUCCUCCUUCUCCUCCUCCUGUUCCCACUCAUCGUCAUCAUCAUCACCACUUCAAAACACAAUGGUGAUAAUUUUAGCGUGACCAAAAACGCGAAGAGACUGCAGCGGCGUGCAAAAUCACUUUCAAGUGAAUUUGAUCGUUUCAUACUAUGAUUCUUAUAUAUAUAUAUAUAUUUUCAUACAAUUAUUGAUUUGAUGUAAAGUUUGUCCCUCUGUUUCUUAUUUGUAUGUUUGUGUGUGUGAGAGUGUCUGUUGAUUUCAUGUGUUUGUGUAAAGAUAAAUGAGUUUCUUCUACCUCUUCUAAUGUCUCACUUUGGUUCAUCUUCUCAAAUGAUUUGUUAAUGAGUUAACUAGCCAGCCAGUCAGCCAGCCAAUCAACCAGUCGGUCACAGAACUAACUCAACGGUUGACUAAUUACUCAAUCAAUUCCAACUGUUAUCUCAGUUUUUUUCUCUCCUGAGUGUUUGUGUUUGUGUUGGUUUUGUUGGUAUUCUUGGUGCUGCUGAGAUGCUCUGUUUCUUCUCUUUCUUCUCAGUGAAUCCUACCCUUUUGCGUUUUUUGUUGUUGUAUUUUUGCUCAAGUUUAGAAGAGAGAAAUGCGUUUUUAUUAUCUUAGAAGCAAAAAAAAACAAGUAUUGUAAAAAUGGUUCUUAUUACUUUUAACUGAUUAACAAAAUGUCUAUUAAUAUUGCUCUUUUUUUUCAAAAGAAUGUUUUCUGAAUAAAGAAUAUUCACGUUUUCGAUAA